UGCCGAUACAAACACCUCUCACACACAUCGAUGUGAUGGACGGUCACGGACCAUUCAGCACCUCCACUCUCUUCCGCAAAUUUGCUCGCAGACUCUCAAGGUCCUCGUGGGACCGGUCAAAAAGCCGAUUAAUCGCCGCCCCAUGCUUAUCAAUGUGCUCAGCCGCCCUCGCCUGCCAAUCGUCCAGAUCCCUCUCCGUCAUGGUUUUCUUCAUCCGCAGCCGACUCAGCGCCGCCCUCUCCGUCGCCACAUCCACCUCCAUGGUGCUGCUGUCUCUGUCUCCUUCUCUACACAUUGACGUGAUGUGAUGCAUCUCGGCCCGGCUGGCCAACGGGGGCAGACUGAGCCUCGAUGGAGGCCCGCUGAUUGGCAGAGGGAGGAUGGACGGAGAGGAGUCGGGGGUCGAGACAGAGGGUGCGAGCCGUGCCAGGCUCAUGUCGACUUCGCUGGCCACGCUGCGUUGUGCCGUCGCCACCAGGGCAUCGUAAGUGUUGGCCUCCCCCGCUGUGAAAGGGCUGAUAGCCAGCGACUCACCCCCAUAGUCAUCAGCCUCUCCUCCGUCUCUCAGCUGCAGGGUCGCUGACGAGGCCGGCCGGCGGCCGUCAUCCAGCGGCUGCGACGGGCUCCGCAUGGUGGUAUGGAACGCUGAAAAAGCAGAAGAGGCCGCCUCGUCCAGUGGCUCAUCGUCAAGGUAUUCCAGGUGGGGGAGGCGGGCCAACACAGCCAUGAGGCUCUCGGAAUCUGCAGACGACACAUGAGGAUGGUCGCUGCUCGGUGGGGCCUCGAUGGCAGGGUGAGGCGCGGCAUUGGUAAUGGGGAGGGCGUCCUUUGAGGGGGAAAGGGGGUUUCCCUCCAGCCGCAGCUCACAUAACCUGGCAAGAGUCUUCAGGGUGUCCAACGACUCCACAUCUCGCAACCUGAGGACAAGACACAACGAACGGCAAGGUGGAUGUCUCCGACCGAGAGCAGCUGCCCUGACAUGUUGUGUGAGAGGUCGAGUAUCUCCACGUUUGGGGUUCUGUCUGCAAGGACCGUCAGCACGCCUCCAUCCAGGCUGUUCCUGGCGAGUGACAGCUGCGUCAGCUCCGAGAGCAAGGGGAACGCGCGAAGGUCAUGGUCCGAUAGACAACACGACUCGAGGAACAAGGUCUGAAAGGGGCGGGCAGCACAAGGUACGUAUGAAUGCACCCGUAUAAUAUGUGUGAUGCUGUCAGUGUAUUGCUCACCUGCAGCUUGCUCAAGUGAUCCAGGAAGAGGAUAGGAGGAGGCUUAACGCGCACUCGUGUCGCCUUGCCCGUCCAUGUCAGCGCAGCCCCGCCUGCACUCACAUUGGUUCUCUGCAACUGGCCGCUGAGAGUACUGACUGAUCUGCUGGCUGCUUCAUUGCCGCUCUUCUGUGCCCUAAGUGAGGACAGCAGGUCUCUUAUCGAGCCACGAGCCACCAUCCUGGUCCUGACAGAUGGAGAGGUGGAAGUCUCGGUGGGCGGCUGCUCGACUGGGGGGCAAGGAAUAGGCUGACCAAGGGGGUUGUGGCUGAUGUCCAGCUCAGUCACAUUUGCGAGGUUUGCAAAAGCGAAAGCGUCGACGGGUUUGUGCUCGCCGAGGCAGUUGGCGUCGAGAUGAAGCGUCUCCAGCCGCCGCAGAGGCUGCAGCCCCUCCACCUGAGCUAUCAGGUUGCCCGAUAUGAAGAGGUGUCUCAGCUUGAGGAGCUUCCCCAGGCCAUCGAUGUAGGUGAGGCGAUUUCUGGAGAGGUUGAGAGACACGAGAUUGAUGAGUGUGUCGAGCCCGCUGAUGGAUUCGAUGGCAUUGUCGUCCAUAUCGAGGUGUGUGAGGCGUACGCACCCCUCCAGCCCCUGGAUGCCACGAAUCGAGUUCGCAUAGAGCCGAAGCUCCGUCAGGGACGCCAGACGGCUGAGUGGCCGCAUUAUUGUCAUGGGAUCGGCUGGCUUUGCACCAUCAGUCUCUGUCGUCGCAACAUCAGAUGGGGGCUCCGAUGUCGAUGUGUGGUCCUCAAAAGGGAGGUCAUCAGCCAGAAGAGACGACAGAUUGUUGCACGACAGGUUGAGCGAGCGCAGAGAGGGGCCGUAUCGCGACGCCAGCAAGGAGAGGCCGUCAACCCUGUCGAUGAAAUGGAAGCUGAGGUCCAUCUUCAACGCUCCAUCACGAUCUCUCUUGGCCUUGACGGCGCCAUUCUUCGUAUCCUCCUUCUUUGUGGCCUCCUUUUCACCCUUAGGCUCCUCUUGAUCUGUUGAAAGGAAGGACUCGGAUGGCUCGCCAACGUCAUCCAGAUCCAUCUCCACCGUGCUGUCGUCCCUCUCAUCGACGGAAUCACCAGCCUUUGCAGGGAUCUCAUCAAUUGCUCCAUCGGUGCGGCGGAAAGAGGGUGACUCAGCUCGGUGGAGAAAAGAUACGGACCGCUCCUGCAGACAAUGAUGGGCAAAUGACUGCAUGCAGCGUCUGUGUGAACGCAUUAUCUCACCAGCAGGGCCUCGUCAAUCUCCGGCGGCUUCCCCUCCCAUCUCUUGCUCUCCGAGAGAUGUGCGGCCGUGCGGUCGGAGGAGGCCAGCGAAGUGGAAUCGCCCCAUCUCUCAAGCAGGCUCUUGCUUGGGCCUGCAGGAGGGCGCGUUUUCACCUCGGAAGUUGCCAUUCUCUCGGUUGAGACGCCGAGGCCCCCAGUCCGUGGGGGCUCCUUUCCCU